AUGGCCACCUCAACAUUGGGUCUCAUACCAAACUGGUACCCCCCCACCCGCGAAAACUACGACCUCAUCCUCUCCUUGUGGAAGUGGUUCCCUGCCUUCGCCUCCCUCCAAUGGGCAACAACCUGGUACGGCAUGGGCAAAACCUCCCUCCCCUCCCCGCUCAACCUGCCCGGCCGUCUAGCCUGGCUAACAAUGGAAUCCCCCGGCUUCCUCACCCUCCUCUACACCUUCUUUCGUCUCCCCCCGCAACUUUCCGUCACCGACCUCCCCUGGCAAAACUCCGUCCUCGCCGGCCUCUUCGUAAUCCACUACUCCUACCGCGCCAUCCUCUUCCCCCUCCUCCAACCAUCCAUGGCACCAAUGCACCUCUCCAUCUGGGCCUCGGCCUUCUCCUUCCAAGUCAUCAACGGGCUCAUGCUCGGGUCCUGGCUAGGCGGGUACGGACCAACCUCCCAAGAAGACUGGGAUAACCUCUUGCCGUUUGGAACACUGCAGUUCAGCGUUGGCAUCGCGAUUUUUUACGUGGGGCUGGCGGCGAAUUACUAUCAUGAUGAUGAGCUGAGGGAGAUAAGGAGGAGGGAGAACCAUCGCCAGGAUAGGCUGGUUAAAGAAGGCAGGGUGAAGAGGGGGGAUGUGAGCAGGCAUUAUGAGGUUCCCAAGGCGGGCUUGUUCAAGUACAUGUUGUAUCCGCAUUACUUUGUCGAGUGGGUCGAGUGGUUUGGGUAUUGGACUGCGGCGGGGUACGGGUGUGUGCCAGCGAGGUGCUUCUUGUUCAAUGAGGUUGCGUCGAUGUUGCCCAGAGCGGUGAGGGGGAAGGCCUGGUAUGUUGAAAAAUUCGGGGAGGAGAAGGUGGGGAAGAAGUGGGCGGUUAUUCCGGGGGUUUGGUAG